GACAGCUUUGACACCAAACAAAAUGACAUAACCUCAGAAGUUCACGUGCUGCAUGACAGUAAAGAUAAACACUUCAUUCAACCGAAUUUCCUCAAAACAUUUUCGCUAAAAUGGUUAAAAAGAAAAUCGAUAAUCGCAUUCGUGUGAUGAUAGAAAACGGUGUAAAAUUGGGACAUCGUACAAUGUUCAUCAUAGUCGGUGAUAAAGCUCGAGAUCAGGUGCCUAUUUUGUACGAUAUGUUGACAAAGUCUACAGUUAAGGCCAGACCAACUGUUUUGUGGCUGUAUAAAAAUAAGGACGAAGCAAUUUCCAAUCACGGCAAGAAACGAGCCAAGAAAAUUCAAGCCGGCAAAAUUGAUGUGAACGAAGCAGAUUUAUUCGAUACGUUCCGUGUGUCGACGACCAUUCAUGGGCGAUAUUAUUCGGAAACGCACACAAUUCUGGGGCGAACCUACGGAGUCUGUGUUUUACAGGAUUUCGAAGCAUUAACACCGAAUCUGUUGGCACGAACAGUGGAAACUGUCGAAGGUGGUGGCUUGAUCAUUUUAUUACUGAAAACGAUAAAUUCGUUGAAGCAGCUCUACACAAUGUCGAUGGAUGUUCACAAACGUUAUCGUACCGAAGCACAUCAGGAUGUAACCUGUCGAUUUAACGAACGGUUGAUAUUGUCGCUGGCCGAUUGUAAGAGAUGUUUAUUGGUUAACGAUGACUUGACCGUCCUACCACUUAGUUCCAAAACCGCUACAGUUAAUCCUAUCGACGUGGCAUCUUCAACAAGUUCAGACAAUGACGAGGCACUAAUGGAAUUAAAGGAAAGUCUCAGAGACACACCACCGGCUGGGCCAUUGGUUAAUUUGUGCAAGACGAAUGAUCAAGCCAAAGCAGUCGCUCAAUUCAUCGACGCCUUAGCGGAAAAGCAAUUGAAACCACCAACAUCACUGACAGCAGCCAGAGGACGUGGUAAAUCAGCUGCAAUGGGUCUGUCGAUUGCCGCGGCUGUAGCUUUCGGUUAUGUUAACAUUUACGUUACUUCACCGCAUCCUGAAAAUUUGAUUACGCUGUUCGAGUUUGUCCUCAAAGGAUUCGACGGUCUUGAGUAUCUCGAACACACCGACUACACCAUCAUUCGUUCAACGAAUCCUGAAUUCAAAAAGGCAAUUAUUCGUAUCAACAUAACCCGUAACAGUCGUCAGACCAUUCAAUACAUUGCGCCGUCAGAUACACACUUAUUGAAUGCAGCUGAUUUGUUGGUCAUCGAUGAGGCAGCUGCCAUACCACUUACAACUGUUAAGAAAAUGCUCGGGCCAUAUCUGGUUUUCAUGGCAUCUACGAUCAAUGGCUACGAAGGUACUGGACGAUCCUUGAGUUUGAAACUGAUUUCACAGAUCCAGAAGGAGAACAAUGCGCCGUUGCCGAUCAAACUGGAAGAGUCGAUUCGUUAUCGUGAAAACGACGAUGUGGAAAAGUGGCUGACGUCGCUUCUUUGUCUGGACGCUUCAUCAGUUUCACAAACAAAUUUCGGUUGUCCCACUCCAGACUCGUGUGAAUUGUACUACAUUGACCGAGACGCGCUAUUCUCCUACCAUCGAGCUGCCGAAGCCUUUCUGCAACGCUUGGUGUCCAUAUACGUUUCGUCGCAUUACAAAAACACUCCCAACGACUUGCAAAUGAUGAGUGAUGCACCGGCACACCAUUUAUUCUGUCUGCUGGGACCGAUAACGAAGAAAGACGCUUUGCCGAACAUUUUAGUCGUGAUACAGGUUUGCUUGGAGGGACAAAUUUCUUCGAAAACUGUGUCCGACUCCUUGACUAGGGGACGCAAAGCGGCCGGAGACCUAAUACCGUGGAAUAUAUCGGAACAGUUCAAUGAUCGCGAAUUUCCGAAACUGGCUGGUGGCAGAAUUGUUCGCAUUGCUACGCAUCCGAAUUAUCAGAAGAUGGGAUAUGGUAAGCAGGCUCUGAAAUUGCUGAAAAAUUAUUAUUCCGGAAAUUUCACCAAAUUGGACGAAACGAAUGAGGAUGAGGAGAGCGAUAACGAAAACGUCAUCGACGACGAUGAAAUAGGGCUCCUGAAGGAAGUUAUCGCUCCACGAAAAAAGAUACCGACACUGCUGAAGCGGCUAACAGAGCGUAAACCCGAACAGUUGGAUUAUAUUGGCACAUCGUUUGGCCUUACCCCUGAACUGCUGAGAUUUUGGAAGAGCCAGAAAUUUGUACCAGUCUAUUUGAGCCAAAAGCCAAACGACCUAACCGGUGAACAUUCAACGAUUAUGAUUUCGACGAUCAAUUUCGACAAAACUGAAUCCAAGGACUGGUUGACCGAGUACUACAAAGAUUUUCGCCGGCGAAUAUUGAAGUUACUCGGAAAAAGUUUCCAGAGCUUUACAACGGGACUGUCGUUGUCACUGCUGGACAACAAAUCUGUUCGGUUGGACGCGGAGGGUAUAAAUCAGCAGUUACUCGAUGUGUACUUCCUGCCGCAUGACAUUCAACGAUUAGAGGCGUACUCCCGAAAUCAGGUCGAAUAUCGGCUAAUUUUGGAUCUAACCACCGAUAUCUGCCAGCUAUACUUCCAAGGGAAACUGAAUGACGUUCCAAUUGAUUCUCUGCAAAAGGCAAUUCUCAUCGGCAUCGGAUUGCAGAAUAAGACCUUGGACGAUCUACAAAAGGAAUUCAACAUGCCAGUGAAUCAAAUAUUGGCCAAAUUCUACGACUGUUUGAAAAAGGUAACGAAGAAAAUUCGUUCGGUCCUUGAAAGCACCGUAGAGGAGUCAAUGGUGAAAAGGAGUGAUUUGAACACCGGUCAAGAUAUGAUGGCAACGCAGCAAACAUUCGCUGACGAAUUGAACGAAGCAGCCGAAGCAUUGGAACGGAAGCAGAAGAAAGAGUUGAAGCGAUUGAAGAAGGAGAACCUGAGUAAUUUUGCGAUCAAGGGAACGGAUGAGGAUUGGGGCAAGGCACUGUCGACAAACAAGUCAGGCAUUGUGUCGGUGAAGAGCGGUAUCAAAGACGACGACGACUCCAAGGCCUUUGAGGAUUUUGGUGAACCACCGUCUAAGAAAAAGAAAUUUAAGAAAAACCGAGGGAAACACUAAAUUGAAAUAAAAAUGGUCCGGAAACAGU